GUGAGGUUCAAGAUCUGCCAGCCCGCAAUCUAGACGGAACCGUUGAAAGAAACAGAGCCAAUCGCAUGACCGCGCGUGGGAUCAGCGCCUCCUUCUUAAGUAAUUGACUCUGGCAUUCUACGUAGAAUCCUCGUAAAACCAGAUCCCAAUACUCUGUCCAAAGCGUCAGGUUUCGCGCUUCAUAGAAAUGAAGAAUCAUAAGCUACUAUAUCACUCUAACGAUAAAAGACAGAACUACAGAUCAAGGGCAGCGAAGCUCAAGAGCCAGGAAAAGGGCUUUCUUUCUAUCUAAACUUGAAGAUUUGGGAUAAUUUUCAGGGUUGAUUAUGUCCAUUGAGAAUUAGCCAACAACAAACAUUUUGGUUUCUCAAGAUGGAUUGGCAAGUUUUAUGUCAGGUAGAGACCAGGAGACUCCUAUGGCUUAUGGGCAUGAUGUUUGCAGUGAUUACAGCAUUCCAGUAUUUCGAACUUCCGUAUGGUAAUGCUCUAUGGUCUUUAUUUUCUGCUGAUCAGCAUUCGGCAGUGGGAAAUAGUAGCUUUCAGAUUAGAAAUUCACCCCCUGAACCUGAGAUGAUUGGUAACAUGACGCUUUUAAAUGUUUCAAACUCCACGAAUACAUCUGUUGUUAAUGAGACAGCUAAUAAUACCGGCAUGUCCAAAGUAAUGGAUGGAAAUGAUCUUAAGAAUGGUCUUGUCUCAGAUAGAAAUGGAGAUCCAAACAAGUCUUUGGGAUUAGAUGAGAAUGACGAUGUUAAUAAGGAAGUGCUAAACAGAAAUUCUACAAUUUUGAAUACAAAAGACUCGGGUAAUAGAUCUGCACCGGAGGAGGCCGUUAAAGAACCUCAGCAAGGCUUCCAUCAGAAGAAAAAUAAUACAGAUGAUAAUCUUUCGGUAGGUAAGGUUGGAAAUGGAACUGUUACUCCCAUAUCAGAACUUAUUGGAAACUCAGGUGCUCGUCCUGCUAGUCCUUUGCCUGCAACAUCACCUAUGAAUGCAUCACCCAAGGCAGCUUCCCCCAUCAUCAUGGAUAUAGAUAUUAGAACACCCGCUGUUGAUUCAAAUACAUCCUUAGAGGAGAAAAUUGGAAAAACCACUCCUGUGAGUGAUACAAAACCUGGGCAAUUGCAAAGUGGCCUCACCCCGUCAGCCAAUUAUUCUUCUGGGAAUGGAGUCCCCAAGGUGACUAAGGGGCGUGGGAAGCCACCCUCUGUGGUAGUUUCAAUAUCUGAGAUGAACGAGUUGUUGCUUCGGAGUCAUUCUUUAAACCAGUCAAUGGUACCAGAAUGGUCUUCUGCUGUUGACCAAGAGAUACUUUACGUAAAAUCACUGAUCGAGAAUGCGCCCAUCGUAAAAAAUGAUCUAAAGCUUCAUGCUCCUCUCUACAGGAAUGUUUCCAUAUUUAAAAGAAGUUAUGAGUUAAUGGAAGAUAUUCUCAAAGUUUAUAUUUACAGCGAGGGGGAAAAACCCAUCUUCCACCAGCCACUACUCACGGGAAUAUAUGCAUCUGAGGGAUGGUUCAUGAAGCUGCUGGAAGCUAACAAAAAAUUUGUGACAAAAGACCCUGCAAAGGCCCAUCUGUUUUACUUACCCUUCAGCUCUCGAAUGUUGGAGCUAACAUUAUAUGUACCUAAUUCACACAGCCGUAAGAACCUUAUACAAUACUUGAAGAACUACUUGGACAUGAUUGCAGCGAAGCAUCCUUUCUGGAACAGAACUGGAGGAGCAGAUCAUUUUCUUGUUGCUUGUCAUGACUGGGCCUUAGAAGAAACAAGGAAGCAUAUGAAUAAGUGUAUAAGAGCCCUCUGCAAUGCUGAUAUGAAAGGUUUUGUUCUCGGGAAGGAUGUAUCUCUUCCGGAGACAUUAGUACGCUCACCUCAGAACCUACUACGGGAACUUGGAGGAAAACCUCCCUCCAAGAGGUCAAUCCUAGCUUUCUUUGCAGGAAGCAUGCAUGGUUAUCUGCGGCCAAUUCUGUUACAAAAUUGGGGAGAGAAAGAUCCCGACAUGAAAAUCUUUGGUCGAAUGCCUUACGUCAAGGGCAAUAAGAACUAUAUUCAGCACAUGAAGAGCAGCAAGUAUUGUAUAUGUGCAAAAGGCUACGAAGUCAACAGUCCACGAGUGGUGGAGGCCAUAUUUUAUGAGUGUGUCCCAGUGAUCAUAUCUGACAAUUUUGUUCCUCCCUUUUUUGAAGUUUUGAACUGGGAAUCCUUUGCUGUAUUUGUGUUGGAGAAGGAUAUUCCAAACUUGAAGAGUAUACUCCUUUCAAUACCAAAGGAGAGGUAUCUUGAGCUACAUAUAGGGGUCAAAAAGGUACAAAUGCAUUUUCUUUGGCAUGCCAAGCCUGUGAAGUAUGACAUCUUUUAUAUGAUUCUGCACUCCAUUUGGUACAAUAGACUUAAUCAAAUAAGCCACAGAUAGAUAAGAAAUGUUAGCUAGCUCCUCCAAAAUCAUCGUCAAAGUUGCUUCAGAACCACUUGUUCUGGUGCCACCAAGUUCCAUACUCCAGUCCCAGCACCCUCGGACCAAACUGGAAUAGGAACAUUUACACGAAGCCCCAGAAAAAAUUCUAUUUCUAUUUUUCAAAAUUCAAUGUUUCAAAGUUUUUACGUUCAGUUUGAGAGAAGAGGUUAGAGUAUGCCCAUUACUUCCUUAACAAAAAAACACAAAAGAAAAGUUCAACUCUAUGUACCUGUAGCCUUUUCUAUUCAUUCAAUAAGCUUCCCUUUUUCAUUACAUUAUGAUGUUAUUUUACACUCUUAAAUUAUGCAAUUUCCCAAUUCAAGUAAAACAAUGGAC